UUGAGAAAAUAUUGUACUUCUAUCUGCUUGAAUUCAUGUAUUGGUUGUAGUUGGUAUUGAGUACCUGUCUGAUGUGGAGUAUUAAGAAUAUUUUUAAAAACUGUCAUUUCAAGUAGAAAUAAAAGCUACACCUAUCAACUAUACUUACUUUAAUUACAAGUUUUGUCAAAAAGGUAGCACGAAAUCAGGUAGGGAGGGAGAUAUUAGGGUGAUUGAUGUACAGGUUGCAUCAGAAAUGUUUUAACACUAGGGGACUGCUUGAACAGCCAUUUAUGACCAACAUCUGCAUACAGCAUCAAAACGGACCACCUAAAUAGAAAUUUUCCAUUUCUCUAUCACAUACACAAUUUAUCUCCCGUGGAAGUGUGGGAGGCAGGCCAUCACGAGUGGGGAGUGGAAUCCACCCCCAGUCCCGGCACUCCUGCCAUGCCACGCAGCAAGCGACGCAGUGCUGCUGACAUGGGUCCAGAUGAUGAUGACAGGCAUUGUAACAAGAGAUUUAGGAAUACCACAAGUCUACGACGGUUUUCUAAGACUGAGGAUACAUCGUCAUUUAGCCAGAAACGAUGUAUCGCCUGGUUUCGAGAGUAUACGUCUCCGGAUGAUCCUGAUGUGCUAGGUCCAGAAGGCAUGGAAAAGUUCUGUGAAGAUAUUGGUGUGGAACCAGAGAAUGUCGCAAUGCUCGUGCUAGCAUGGAAGAUGAAUGCACGCCAGAUGGGUUUCUUCACACAGCAGGAGUGGCUGAGAGGGCUCAUGGAGCUACAGUGCGACAGCAUCGGUAAGGUGCAGAGUAAACUUGACUACCUCCGGUCACUGCUCAACGACCAAGUCACUUUCAAGAGCAUCUAUAGAUACGCUUAUGACUUUGCUCGGCAGGACAAAGACCAGCGGAGUAUGGACAUUGAGACGGCGAAGGCCAUGCUGCAACUACUGCUUGGCAAACACUGGGCCCUUUUUGGGCAGUUCAACAACUUCCUUGAGCACUCUAAGUACAAAGUGAUCAACAAGGACCAGUGGUGCAACAUCCUUGAGUUUUCUCGCACGAUACACAAUGACCUCUCCAAUUAUGACGUUGAUGGUGCUUGGCCUGUAAUGUUGGACGAGUUUGUAGAGUGGCUGAAAGCAUCGAAAGACAUUCGCAGAAGCUGAAACGGGCUGCAACUAGUACCCCCUCCCCUUCACGUGUUGACAUCCCCCUCCCACCGACCACACCGCCCAACAGUAGAGGCUUGUAUCUUGUUUACUGUGACACCACCAGGGCCUAAUUUUGCAUGUGGUAGACUACAUACGCAUUUUUAAUUUCCUUUUUUCAGUUGUAUACACUUUUGCUUAUCUAUAUACAUAUUUUCCAUUUGUUGUGAUGUCACCCCCUUAACCACGAGGUCAGUGCAGUUAGAGAACUUUUGUUUAGUUUCAAAUAUAAAGACCCAAAUCAGUUCAAUAAUCUUGUAUAGUUUUUUGGGGGUUCACAUACAAUUAAAUUGUAACUGAAGAAAAUCUUAUAUCAUAUGUGUAGUAUAUAAAAGAAGGGAAUGAUGUUAUAUUGUCUGCCAUGAAGACUGACAACUAGACGCGCUGCGAAGACACACGUAACGCAGUGGAAAGUGGAGCUGCUCAAAUGAAGUAAAGUUGAUUAACAAAAUACAUGUACUCCUCAUAUUUUAAAUAAAAUCUUCGGAAAGAUCGCAGAAA